GGGGAUGCGAUGGAAUUUCCUCGUUUUACCUUCAAUCCAAAUGAGGGGAUUGAUAAUCCAGCGCUGGUCAUCUCCGAUGAUCCUGAGCCAGACCAGUGCCCCGUGCCACGGCUGUGUCAGCUGAACCGCGUUGAGGGCCAGAGUUUUGGCUUUUACCUGCGGACGGAAAAGGGCCGGCAGGGGUAUGUGAUCAGAGACGUGGAGCGCUGGAGCCCCGCAGAAUUCAGCGGCCUCAGAGAUGGGGUCAGAGUACUAGAAGUCAAUGAGGAAUUUGUGGAUAACAUGGAUUACCACAAGGUGGUGAAGCGAAUCCAGUGGUGUGGCUUGCAGCUGUUUAUGCUGGUGCUCGGAGAGGAAGAGUAUGAACAGGUAGUAUCUAAGUGUCAGGACUUUCAGGAACUGGCAAGGGCCUAUAGAGGGGAGGGCUGCUCCAGACCCAGACUCUGCCACAUCACCAGACACCCCAUACAGGGCCUGGGGAUUGCCAUCUUCCAGGUGGAAGAUAAGAAAGGACAGUACAUCCUGAACACAGUGAGUGAUGGUCCAGCAGAGAAAGCUGGUGUCCGUUGCGGGGACAAACUGGUCUGGAUCAAUGGUAUCAUGGCAUCAACUCUCACGUACUCCUCUCUCAACAAAUUAGUGAAAAGGAGUAUUCACUCUGUGACCAUGCUGGUCAUCGACAGUGAGAGUGAAUCUAGCUAUGUCCGAAGGAAUAUGCCCAUCUUGCCUGUUGUAGCAGAGUUCCACCGGCCCCCUCACAGACCAAAGACCAUGCACCUGGUUCAAGGACCUGAUGGAUAUGGCUUCCUGCUGAGAUUAGAAAAGCUGCCUGUUACAAGACUCUUAGUUCACAUACUAAGGGAUGUUGAUCCUGGAAGUCCUGCUGAGGAGGCAGGGAUGGAGGAUGGUGAGCUUUUGCUGGCAGUCAAUGGAGAACCGGUUGAGUCCAUGGAGCAUGAGGACAUAGUCAAGAGGAUCAGGAGGAGCGGUCAGAAAGUUAGCCUAGUCUCCAUAUCGACACAAGGGCGAGAGUUUUAUAGACAAUUAGGAAUUUCUCCUCUGUUGUUCCAUGAGGAACACACACUGGAAAACGAAAAGGUGAGGACUGUAUCUCACUGCAACAAUAACCAGAAUGGACAUCACCUAGGAAAUGGGAAUGGCUUUAUUCCCUGUCCCAGACUGUGUGUUCUGGACAGAGAAGAGACAGGCUUUGGUUUCCACCUGGGCUGUAUCCAGGAUGAGCCAGGAACUUUCAUUGGCCAGGUGUUGCCAGGGGGCUCAGGACUGAGAGCCGGGCUAUGGAAGGGGGAUGUUGUCGUGGAGGUGAAUGGACAGAAUGUGGAGAAUGCGUAUUUUGAAGAGGUUGUGACACUGAUAAAGAAAAGUGCCUCGCCUCUCAAACUGCUGGUGGUAGAAAGGGCAGGGUAUGACUACCUAAGGCAGAAUGGACUGCCAAUAACCCCAAAUCUCACCAUUCACAGUACUCAGGUUUCAGAGAAGACAGCCAAUGCCUUCUUGUGAUGGGACGUUGAGAGAUGAUUAAAGUCAUGACCAAGCAGAACCAGAAAUGGGCAGAACAUGUCUAUGGCAAUAUAGCCUCCGUUUGUGAAAAGAUGCAGGACUUUUGCUAUAUACUCUAAUUUGUACACACCCCUUCCAUUAAAUUAUCUUUCAAUGACUUUAGUUAAGAAGAAAACGUGUUUUACUGACAUAUUUCAUAUUGUAAUACAAAGGGAUAAGCUGUACAAUUCUGCUGCAGUAACCAUCUUUUUUAUGAACGUGACAGCAAAUAAUGUGUUUAUUUUGAAUACCUGGAUAUAGAAGCUUUUCUAGGCCUUUUCUUUUCUAAAUAGUUUUGAUUUGUUGUCUUAUACCGAGAGCCAAAAUUCCAAGCAAAUUAAUUUUGAGUUGUAUAUUAGUAACUGUAUGAUAUGUAUAUAUAUUCAGGAGGUAUCCAACUGCCAAAAAAAGUCACCUUACCACUUGCACUUCGCAAAAAAAAAAAGCGAACAGAUUUGUUGCCGCAUUUUAUGCACUGUCCUUGGCUUUGUUCACUGUGUGUCUUUUAUUUAUUGAUUUAAAAAAAAUUUUUUUUAAUGAAGGCGAUGAGGAAUAUGAAAAUAAACCCAGCCCCGUUAAGGUAAUUGUGCACGGGCUUUCUCAUUUGGCUUGAGUUGUUUGACACCAAUGUGUGCGUAACAGGAUGUUUGCUUAUUGUGUGUUCUGUGUACAUUUCUGUCGUCCUUUUGAUAAAUAAUUAAAGCAUAAUUGUGU